UGAAUUUGUAGAUUGUUGUGUUUCCAUUUACAAACUAAACUAUGGCGGGGAAUGUAGGCAUGGAAUCUCUGAUUCCUAUAGUAAACAGACUUCAAGACUGUUUUGCUUCAUUAGGUGUUCCACUUUCUUUGGAUCUACCGCAAAUCGCUGUAGUGGGAAGUCAAAGUGCAGGGAAGAGUAGUGUGUUAGAAAAUUUUGUCGGAAGAGACUUUCUGCCCCGAGGGUCUGGUAUCGUAACCCGACGACCGCUCGUCCUACAGCUGAUCAACUGCAACACAGAAUAUGCUGAAUUUCUGCAUGUCAAAGGGAAGAAGUUCACAGAUUUCCUGGAUGUACGUAAAGAGAUUGAAGCGGAAACGGAUCGUGUUACGGGUGGAAACAAAGGCAUUUCAUCAAUUCCCAUCAACCUCCGGGUGUACUCCCCACACGUUCUGAACCUCACUCUGAUUGACUUGCCGGGCAUGACGAAGGUUCCCGUGGGCGACCAGCCGGCCGACAUCGAGAUCCAGAUCCGCACGAUGCUGCUGGAGUUCAUCUCCAAGGAGAGCUGUCUCAUCCUGGCCGUGUCGCCCGCCAACACCGAUCUCGCCAACUCGGACGCACUCAAGAUAGCCAAGGAGGUCGACCCACAAGGGACGCGGACGAUUGGAGUUAUUACAAAGCUUGAUUUGAUGGACGAUGGAACUGAUGCUCGCGACAUUCUGGAAAACAGACUUCUGCCACUGCGACGAGUUAAGUGCAGUUGUUACAUCUGCAGAGUGAGUUGCUAUAUUGGCGUUGUGAACAGAAGUCAGAGAGAUAUCGAGGGUAGGAAGGAUAUCCGGAGUGCGCUGGCUGCAGAACGCAAGUUCUUUCUCUCUCACCCUUCAUACAGACAUGUGGCAGACCGGAUGGGCACGCCAUACUUACAGAAAGUGCUGAAUCAGCAGUUGACGAACCACAUCCGCGAGUCCCUGCCGGCGCUACGCAAUCGCCUCCAGACCCAGCUGCUGAGCAUGGAGAAAGAGGUGGAGGAGUACAAAAACUUCCGGCCAGACGACCCCGCACGCAAAACCAAGGCCAUGAUGCAACUGAUUCAGCAGUUUGGAACAAACUUUGACCGAGAUAUUGAGGGUUCUGGUAACCAAGUGAACACUGAAGACUUGUCGGGUGGAGCUAAAAUCAACCGUGUGUUUCACGAGCGCUUUCCGUUCGAUCUAGUCAAGCAAGAAUUUGAUGAGAGAGAACUACGAAGAGAGAUUGGUAUAGUCAUCAAAAACAUUCACGGUAUCAGAACGGGUCUGUUUACCCCCGAUAUGGCGUUCGAGACAAUUGUUAAAAAACAGAUUGACAGAUUGAAACCACCGUCAAUCCGCUGCACAGAUCUGGUUGUUAACGAACUUUCCAAUGUUGUCAAGAAAUCCACGGAAAAGAUGAAUGCGUAUCCAAGGUUACGGGAAGAGACUGAGAGAAUCGUUACCAUGCGCAUUCGAGAGAGGGAGCAAAAGGCAAAGGAUCAAAUCUUGUUACUGAUAGACAUUCAGCUGGCAUAUAUGAACACCAAUCAUGAAGAUUUUAUAGGCUUUGCUAAUGCUCAGCAGAAGUCUGAGAACACGACGAAGCGUAAGAUCGGAAACCAGGUGAUCCGGAAGGGCUGGCUCACCCUGCACAACGUCAGCUUCAUGAAGGGAGGAUCCAAAGACUUCUGGUUCAUUCUCUCCGCAGAAACACUCUCCUGGUACAAAGACGAACAGGAGAGAGAGAAGCGCUACAUGCUACCGUUAGACGGGUUACGAUUACGUGAUCAGGAAGGGGGAUUUUUCUCACACAAAUAUAUGUUUGUCCUUUUUAACCCUGAGACAAGAAAUGUCUACAAGGACUACAAGCAGCUGGAGCUGUCGGCCGAGAGUCAGGAGGACGUUGACAGCUGGAAGGCUUCAUUCCUGCGAGCCGGGGUUUAUCCCGAGAGAUCACAGGAGGAGUCAUCGUCCCGCAGUGACGACCUCGGCUCUAUGGACCCGCAGCUGGAGAGACAGGUGGAGACGAUCCGUAACCUCGUCGACUCGUACAUGAAGAUCAUCAACAAGACGCAGCGCGACCUCGUGCCCAAGACCAUCAUGCACAUGAUCGUCAACAAUCUCAAAGAGUUCAUUAGCACAGACUUGUUGGCUCACUUGUACUCAUCAGGAGAUCAGGCGUCUCUGAUGGAGGAGUCGAUGGACCAGGCCCAGCGCCGCGAGGAGAUCCUACGCAUGUACCACGCCACCAAGGAUGCCCUGGCCAUCAUCUCUGAGGUGUCCACCACCACCACAUACACCCCUACACCCCCGCCCGUCGACAACGACUGGCUCAAACCAGACCCUAACAACACAACACACAAUGGAGGAUCUUCUAGCCGUCCUCCCUCACCAGCUCGAAUGCGGUCAGCACCUCCAGUCCCUAACCGCCCCGGAGAGAUGCAGCAGCCCCUGAUCCCAUCACGCCCGGGGUCAUCAGUGCCGUCAAUGCCAUCACGCCCUGCCCCUGUGGCCCCCACAGCCAGUGUCAGUGCCACACCAUUGAUUCCACAGCGACCAGGAGGGAAUAACUCUGGCGGUAGUUUCCGAGCAGCUCCCAAGAUUCCGGGUCGACCCUCAGUACCGGCUCGUCCCCAGUAGCCCCUGCAUCUGUAUAGCUCAUUUCAUGAUCACAGCAUGUGACACAUGCGGACAUUUGCAAUAGACUGGCACACUUACAGAUACCUGCCAUAGACUGGUGUCCAUCUCUGUGUUUAGAUAAGUGUUACAUGUUCAAUACAAAAGCAACUUUAAGAC